GGCGCCCGCCUGACGGGCGUAGAGUUCGUUCGGGAAUGGCACUGUAUGUCGCCGGAUCAGCUGGGUUGCUAUUUAAAACAAAGUGUGUGUUGUAGUAGUAUCCUAAAUAAGUGGACCGGGACUGGUUUAUUAUUCCCUUAAAUGAAAUAGAGUUUUAACGUUGCAAUUCCUUUUCAGACACGUUGGUGAUUCACCGGAAGGAAAGACUACGUGGAAUUUUUCGCAAGACCUUGCGUGAUGGCGGCGAAUUCCCUUGUUUUAUUGCCAAACGGUUUUUUCUUUUUAUCAGUGGCGCUCACGUAACACAAGAGUAGGAAAAUUGAAGUUGUGGUGUUGUUUUUUUUGCGCUUUGACCUUGGGGGUGGUAGCGCCAAUCAAUGCCUUUCAUCUAUUUGCACGCGUGACGUAACGGUCGUACGCCAAUAACACCCCCCCACUUGAGUCAACAGCGUCAACAUUUUUUGGCGCAUAGGGAAAAAUAAAAUACAGGGAGACCUUGGGAGUAGGAAAGGCUCAAGGUGAUAUUCUGUACAAUCCGCAUAUCGCGCUGAAUCGGGAAGCAAAAGCUUUUUUCGCGGAAGUGUUUGCUGUGGGUGUGUGUGUGAACAACCCCUGAGACUGACGGGAAAAAUAUCAGACAAAAUAUACGUUAUAACUUUUUGCCCUCGUAAUGGCUUAUUCUGUGAUCCUUGAUCCGGGAUUUAUUUAUCGUCUAGAUUGUACCAGUUUUUUUUUUAACUAUCUCUGAUUAGUGUUGCAGCCAUUUUUGUUCUUCUUGGGAAUUUGUUCUUUUCCAGGGGCGAUAGACUUCCCAAGGACAUCCAAGGUUGUCUUUCUCGACCGCUAGAUGGCGUAGUCAUGUCUGAGAAAAAUUAAAGCCCCCUUCCCCCUCUCGUCGUUCUGUGACCGUCUGGUGCGAAAGCAGACAAGGUACCAUGCAUUUGUGAGUACAGCAGCACUUGACUGUUUGCCUCUGUGAGAAUCACACCACCGUGAAUCGCAGUGUGUGAGAGAGACAAGACAGAAAGUUUGAGAGAGAAUCAAAAAGAGGCGGAGUUGUGUUAUACAUUAUUUCCGUCGUCACACAAAACACAAUCUGAUAUAAAUGGACCAGUUGGAGACAUUUUAAGUUACAGUUUGGAUGCCGUAAUCCACGGAGGCGGUGGUAUGAGUGUGCUUCCGUUCGUUAGUGAAACAUUUUGUUUGUGUUUUGACGUUUCCGUGGAAUUCUGCCCACUUCCUUCCCCCGUCACUAGCAACGUAAUAAGAAACUAUGCAGAACGACCUCGAAUUUACAACCAAGCUAUAACAAUCAUUGUGUGUCCUUUUUCUUGAUUUAGUGCACAGUGAGAAGGUAGCAGCCUGUGAAGAGUGCCAUCACCAUGCCGAGAACUAAAGCUAUCAUGCCCAAUAGGAUAGCCACCAAGGCAAGAGAGGAGUCUGAGAAGGGGCUCGGGGAGAUAUUGGGCAACCAAAGUCGUCAGAUGAACAACACCAUCAGAACCGUCUUCCAGACUCACUGCCAGUUUGACGAGCCCAGCCCUAAACUGGUGUUGGGAGGCAGGAGUCCCAGUCAGAGUCCUUCACGCAGCAGUGGCAGCUUCAUCCCAAACAGAAAUCCUGCUUCCAGGCCGCCCAGUAAGACCAGCAGUAGAGAGCACCUGGCUUCCGUUUCACCCAGGUCUACCAACAACACCCAACCUAACAAUACUCCUCUAGGUAGGAUGGAGCAGUCGUGGCCCCCACCUUCUACGACUCCAGGAAAACCUGGUCCUUCCAAAAGUGUGGAAGCCCUCAAUCGUCAAGUCAAAGCUGUCAACAGCAAAGUCUCUAAAAUCCCCUCACACAACGUGGCAGCCAGACCCAGACCAGGCAUUACGAACAAGAUCAAGAGGCAAAACAGUGUGUCAGAGUCUGGUUCACCACCCUCAAUCAAAGCAGAGGAAACCGCAGCUGCUGCUACAACCAGCAGCAGCAAAUUGGCCACAGACUUGAUCAACCUGUCCAUUUCCAAGACGCUCUGCCAACAACAGUCAAUUGAUCAGGACUCUGAAACAGUCCCCAGUCAGCCCAAGUCAACUGAGCUGGACUCUGUGCAGCAGCCCCAGCCGGACGUCAAGGAAGAAGUAGAAGAAGAAGGCAAGAAAAACAGCCUGGAAACGAUUGCCAAAACGGACUCGCUGCCUGCUGUAGUAGGCGGUGGUCAUCGUGAAAACGGUCACGAGAAAGAGGAGGAGAGUGACGAGACACACGCCACCGAAGACAACGAAGAACAGGCGGUGGCCACAUCGCCGGACGAGCGUUUCCUCAAAUUCGAGGAGGAAAUUGGCCGCGGUAGUUUCAAGACCGUCUAUCGAGGACUUGACACGCAAACGGGAGUUUCAGUCGCCUGGUGCGAACUUCAGGAGAAGAAACUCAACAAAUCUGAAAGGCAAAGAUUUCGGGAGGAGGCCGAGAUGCUCAAAGGACUCCAGCAUCCCAACAUUGUCAGAUUCUACGACUAUUGGGAAGUGGCGCUGACCAAACGUAAAUACAUUGUCCUCGUCACCGAACUCAUGACAUCCGGAACUCUUAAAACGUAUUUAAGGCGUUUCAAAAAGAUCAAUCUUAAGGUGCUCAAGUCGUGGUGCCGUCAGAUCCUGAAGGGUCUCUACUUCCUCCAUUCUAGGACACCAAACAUCAUCCAUCGUGAUUUGAAGUGCGACAACAUCUUCAUCACGGGGACGACUGGCUGCGUGAAAAUUGGCGACUUGGGCUUGGCCACGCUGAAGAAUCGGUCGUUUGCCAAAUCUGUGAUUGGCACUCCUGAAUUCAUGGCCCCCGAAAUGUACGAGGAGCACUAUGACGAAGGCGUCGACGUCUACGCUUUUGGCAUGUGCAUGCUGGAAAUGGCCACCAGCGAGUACCCGUACAGCGAAUGCAUGGGCCCGGCUCAGAUCUACAAGAAAGUCAUCAGCGGCGUCCGACCGCAGAGUUUCGAUAAGGUGGAGAGCAGCGAGAUUCGCGACAUUAUCGACCGUUGCACGCGUCUGCGCAAGGAAGAGAGGCCGAGCGUCAAGGAUUUAUUGAACGACACCGAGUUCUUUGCCGAAGAAACGGGUCUGAAGGUGGAAGUAGUGUCGCGCGACGAGGCGGUGGCCAGCACCAGCGAAAGUGUCCAAUUCCGGUUACGCGUCCUCGAUCCAAAGAAAAGGCGCGACAAGCACAAGGAGAACGAGGCCAUCCAGUUCGAGUUCAACGUAGUGACGGACGAUGCCGACAAACUUGCCCAGGAUAUGCAUUCGGACGGCAUCCUCAUGGAGGAGGAUGUCAAGGUGCUGGCAAAGUUACUCAGAAGUCAAGUCCAGCUGUUGGUCAAAGAACGUGACGAACGCGAGGAGAUCAGACGUCAGAAUCAGCCGCCUCCUGUUCCCCAACAGCAGCAGCAGCAGCCUGCAACUGUUGUUGUACAACAGCCUCCUCCUCAAGUGGUACAACCAGUCAUACAGCAAGUUGUCCAGCAGCCUCUCCAGCAGCCUAUUCAGCAGCCUAUCCAGCAGGUUGUCCAGCAACCUAUCCAGCAGGUUAUCCAACAGCCGAUUCAACAACCUAUCCAGCAGCCUAUUCAGCAGCCCAUCCAGCAGCCCCAAACUGCUCCGAUCCUGGAUCAAUCGAUGGCGAUACAGCAACAACAACAACAACCUUCUCCGGCGCCACAGCCGUUGAUGCAGCAGCAACCCAUGUUGCCCAGUCAGCAAUUACCUUUAACCAUAACGACGGGAUUGGUUACUCCGCCGCAACAGCACUGCAUCCAGCAGCAGCAGCAACAACAGCAACAGCAACAACACGUAAUGCAGCAACAGCAUUUGAUCCCGCAGCAAGUGGCUGCCAACCAGCAACAGCUGACGGUUCAGGCGAUACAGAACCAGAUUCACCAACAGCAACAAACGCUGCACCAAGUCAAUCAACAGAUCCAGCAACAACAACAACAGUUGCAGCAAGUGAACCAACAAAUCCAGCAGCAACAGUCGGUUCAGAUCCAACAACAACUCUUGCAACAUCAACAAAACUUGAUGAAUCAACCGAUGACAACUUCUCAGCAAAUUGAUCACCAGGGAUUUAGUCAAUCACAGCCGCAACAACAACAACAACAGCUCUAUCAGCAGCAACCGGCUGAAGUGUCUGCCCAGUAUUUCGUUCCGGCCGAAUUGCCUGUCUUCCAGCAGCAACAACAGCCGCAGCAACAAACUUAUAGCCAGUACCAACCAGCAGAAGCUGUUGCCCAGCCUUAUGCGCAAUCCGUUCCCCAGCAGCAACAGCAACAACAGCAGCCCGUCCGUCAGUUAUUGAAUUAUGUUCAGCAACAGUCGGUGGAUCAGACGCAGGUCCAAUGUGUUGCACCCGAGUCGUAUCCUGUUCAGCAGCAGCAGGUAACAGCUCCUCAGUACGCCCAGCAAGUGGUCUAUCUUCAACAACCGAUCCAGCAGAUGGUUCAGCAGCCCAUCGAACAGGCUGCUUACAUUCAUCUUCCUCCUGUCCAGCCUUCAAUCCAGCCGGCACAGGACCAGAUGUCGUACAUCCAGCAGACGGCUGUACAGCAGGUUGUGGAUCCUACUACUAGUUACCCUCAGCAACCGAUCCAGCAAACACAGGAUCAAAUGGCGUACAUGCAGCAGGCGGUACCUCAAGUUGUUCAGCAAGUUACGCAGCAACCAAUGCAGCAGGCGCAAGAUCAAAUGGCGUACAUCCAGCAGGCAUUGCCCCAAGUUGUACAACAACCGAUCCAACAGCCGAUCCAACAGCCGAUCCAGCAAACUCAGGAUCAAAUGGCGUACAUCCAGCAAUCGAUGGUUCAUCAACAAGUUUCCCAGCAAAUGGUGGAUCAGUCUGGCUUAUACAUCCAGCAACCGAUGCAACAAUCGGUGUCGGUCACUGAGCAACCGACCUAUCUUCCUCAACAACCCGUCAUCCAGCAGCCGGUUGUCCAGUCUUUGCCUCAACCUCUUGUCGUCCAGUCAGGCAUCGUUCAACCUGUUGCCCAGCAAAUUGUCGACCAAACAGCCUACAUUCAGCAGCAGCAGCAACAACCGAUCCAUCAACUUCAACACAUUGAGCAGCAAACUUACAUCCAAUCUGCUCAGGUCAUCGAUCAGUACGUUCCAGCAGCGUACCAGCUGCCACAGAAUGUGGAACAACAACAACAAGCGGCCUACGUUCAACCGGCCCCAGCCGAAUUAGUCCGCAAACAGUCUGGACUCUGUCAGCAACAACUGGAAGCGGCUGCGUCGGCCUACUUGGACUCCCAUCAGUCUGGGCCAGUGACCCAGUUAGACCCCCAUGUAGUAGGUGCCGCCGUAGUGGAUAUGCAGUUGCAGAACCCAGUUUUGCAGGCUGUAGCCAGUGACUCAAAUUCGUUGGUGAACCGUUCCGGAACUCCCGAGCCCGGAGCUCAAUGCUGUUGUAGCGAUGUUUACACGACCGACUCGUGCGGUGAGUCAUCGGCCGCCGAAUCGGUCGACCCGGUUGCGCCACCCGUUAACGCAACAGCCAACGCCGUCAGCAGCAAUGCGGCCACGACGACAACGGCCGGUGAAAAACGUCUGGGUCGUCGGUUGACUAACAAACGGCGCCGGACGGCCGAACGCGGCCCCCGACUCUCUGUGCUGAGUGUCCAGGGCUCCGUGGUCGAAUGCCAAGUGGAAACGAUGAAGCAAGAAACGGUGACGUUCAAAUUCGAUCAAGCUGACACGGUUCCGGCUGACGUGGCCAACAACCUCAUUAAACAUCGAUUGCUUAGUGAACAACAUGCUGAAAUUUUCAUCGAGCAGGUGGAGGAUAUUCUCCGACAAUUGAGAGAGAAUCCGGAUGUCCUUCCGGUGGUAUCUUUACCUCCAGCUAAGCCGGCUGCUGAUUCAUUGUCACCCAACCGAUCAGACACGACGGCUACUGCUGCUGCAUCUACUUCCAGCGUAGGAUCUGUCGACAGUGUCGAAUCCACGACGAAAGGAUCGACAGCCGAUAUUCCUCAAUCGGUUCCCGCCGCAGUCUUGGCUGCUAUUCCAGUUGCCGUUCCAGUUGCCGUUCCGGUCGUGGCUUCUGCUAUCCCGUUUCCAGUCGGAUCCCAUUUACACUCGAGAUCUACCAGUCUAGACGGAAGCGAUGUAUGUCACACGGGACCGAGCGACUCGGCCGUCUCAGCUGUCUCGGCAGCGCUUACUACUAUUCAAUCCCAAACAACAACAAUCUCCACAGUUCCUCCUACCAACAACCUUGCCCCGCUUAGUAUUUCUAAUCCUGGUGUAGCUGUCACUGUAGACGGUGCUACUCCGCCAGUUGUAGCCAUUUCCGCUCCUCAAUUUCCCCCAGUCGCUUCUUCUCAUCCACCCCCCGCUGACGCAGCUCCUCCUUCUGCUCCCACCCCUGUCGGUGGACUUGUUGAGUCCAAUGAGCCAGUAACGCCCAAGGUGCGCAAAGUUUCGAGGUUCUUGGUCAAGACAAUCUCCGCUCCUUUACCGGUUCUGGAAGUGGCACCAUCCACUCACUCGACCGUUUUGGAGCCCCCUCUUCCAACUCCGCCAGCGGCGACAUCCAUCCCGUCUAUGAUGUCACCUCCCGAAUUUUUUCCUCCGGCUGGACCCAUUCAGAGAUGCCAAUUGCCUCCUGUCGUCUGUCAGGAGCCUGUGGCGAACGUUCCUGUCCCUCAGUCAGGUCCCACACAAAUCCCGACUACCAGCAACGCUGCCGGAAAUGAUUUGGGCGCGGCUUUCGUGACUGUCGCCCUGAGUAUCAACAUAACAUCGAACGGGAUCUACGCCACCAGUCGAUGCAGCAGUCCAGCUCGGGCUCCAAACAGCGCCAAUGUCCAGGGUGAUCCAUCUGUCAGUACGGCCGCUGUCCCUCUGAAACUUUGUCUGGGUGAAACCAACACGACCGGAUCGAGAACAGCCGGUGGUAACAGUUUGCCCACGUCGCAGCCGCCUACUCCGCAAGCUUGCCCGACGAUGGACACUUAUUUGAUGGACCUCCAACACAAAUUGGCUUCCCUUUCCAUGGCCAAUAAUAACGCCAGUGCUGCCGCUUCGCACAUGCAACAGCAGCAACAACAGCAGAGCUAUUCGCCGGAUGCCACGCAACAACUUCCAUCGCCCACGUCAUCCACCAAGGAAGGAACUCCUUCCCUGGAUCAUUUGAUUUACCCUAUGGUGGUUGUCGAUCAAGUGGAUCAGGCGGCCGAGAGCAACCGGCCAGCCCAACAACAACAGCGCAAAGUCUUGCCCUCGACCAUCGACAUCCACGACUUGCAUUCCGAGUUGUCGAAAUUGCAUUCGCAGGGCACUGGUCAUCCGCCGGCCUUGUUGAAAGCCAAGGAGCCCGAAAAUAAAGUGAAUCCUACCACUACGGAAGCCUCCGCAGUGGCACCGGCCGCAACGAAUCCCGUUGCCCAGUCAACAACAACAACGGCCAGUCAUGGCCCUGACGUUGUGGAUGACCAUCCGCAAACGCCGACGGAACAACAACCGCAGCCUUCCUUCAAAGCGAUUCCAGUCACGGUUCCAGUAGCGCAGAUUCCAGUAGCUCCUGUCACCGCACCCACCGCUCCUGUGGCCGCUGCUCCAGCCAUUGCCACCGCAACGACCACCAAGGAACAGAAGAGUAGUCAAACGGAGCCUCAGAUGAUCGUUGCCCAGCAACCGCUGCAACGCAAAUUGUCGCUUCCGCCGCCGGCCCCACCCGGAGGACGCCGAAUCUCUCGUUUCUGUGUCAGUUUGGUUGACGAGCAACAGCGAGCAGCUGCUGCCCCAGCGGCAAGCGCCGGAAUGCUGCCGGACGAUGCCAAUAAAGACCCCGAAUUGAGGGAAUUAUUGCUGCGACACGAGCAAGAAAAGAAAGCUCUCGUCCGGAAGCACGAGGAAGAGUUGGCCUCUUUUCACGCCCGGAGAAAACAGCAGCAACCAACUGCUCCGCAACAGCCACAUCCACAACCAGCGUUGCAGCGGCAGGAAGCCACCGAGAGUCCUAGGACUCCUUCUCCAAUCGCCCGUUCCAGUCCAGAUCACACGGAAGGGCGUGGUGUUCCCAUUCCAGCCACAGCUGGCGGGGCUGCUGGCCCGGUCACCAACGCGACGCCCGGAUCAUCACCCGGAACGCCAACCCGCCAGACAAAGACGUUUACGGACGAUCUGUUGCGUCUAGUCCAGGAUUUAGGCAGCAAACCUGGAGCCGAGAAGAGCAAGAAAGCCGGAGGAGAAGGUGUCGAGAAAGCGCCGACGCUGAAUCAGCUGAGAGCCGGCGCCAAUGGCGGCGCUGUCGCCAAUCUGCAACAACAACAGCAGCAGCAGCAACAACACCAUUCACUGACUCAAACUGCUGGACUGAGCUUCGGCCGGCCUUUUGGUGGUGUCAUGUCUCCUGUUCCGCCCACGAGCUCUGUGUCGACUCUCUACGGCCAACAGUCCAUCUUCUCUCCCAUUCAUCCGUCGUUUGUUUCUCCGCCGGCGGCGGUGGCGGCGGCUAGUUGCACCAUGGCUGCUCAACAGCAAAGCGGAUUCAACCACAUGGGCAGAGCUUCCAGCCACCCGAUCAACAUUCAACCAAACUCCCUCGUCGUCGGUUCCCCACCGCCGGUGCCAGUGCUCCUGGCUGCCAGCGCAUCAGCAGCCGUCUCGUCCUCUUCUACGACAAUGGCCGGAUUCAAUUUUAAUAACACUCCGGCCGGCAGCCCCAUGCGUUCCCCACCGCUAAGACUCAACUCUAAAGACAGUAGAUCUUCUUCACCCUAAAUGCAGACGACAGACAUACAUACAUUUUUCACGGUAGACAAUGGAGAGAGAGAGAGAAAUAGAUGGAGUCAGAAAUUUCGCCCACCCGACAAUAAUUUCUUUUUUUUUUUUAAAUUGAAAUAAGGGAUUUAAAGAUAAUUAAUUAUUCAUUUCUUUUUCACAUCAAAUUGAAAAUGGCUUGUCCGUAGUAGUCUCCCCCCCCUUUUUUGCUUAUUUUUCUCUCUCCGUUUGUGUUUAUCGAUUCACGUACAGCACUGGGUGUUGAUUACCGAUGAUUUGAUUCUUCUGUUCUUUUUCGCUUCUCUCUCUUUCCGUUUGAAAUUCCAAUCUAUUUUUUAAAAAACAUACUUUAAAAUCUUAUUUGGGUUUUUCCUUUUUUUUCUUCGUCCUUUCCGUUUUUUGAAUAUUUUGUGAGUGUGUUUUUUUCCCCCCCUUUUUGUGUUUUGUGUGUGUGUGCGAGUGUUUGCGCGCGGUACCAAGUCACUGCUGUGAUAUCAAAACGAAAAAAACAGAGACAGAGAAGAGAGAAAGAGAGGAAAGAAAAAGAGAUUUUUUUCACGCGGGAUAAUUUUUUUUUUGUGACAGGAUAAAAACAAAAGACGAAACAGAAAACCUCCCCAAAAAAUGUCCAUUCGAUUUUCUCCCCCCCAUAUGACUAUAUCGUUCGUAAUAAUCCCUAAACUACUACCACCGUGUGUGAUGGAGUCUCUUGAAUUUCUUUUUCCACUUCGUUAUUAUUGCCCUUCGCCUCUUUUGAAUGAAUCAAACGAUCCACACAAAACAUUAUUUUGAUUAUAUUAUACAUUUAAAAAAGACUAAAAUUCCCUUUUUUUAUUCUUCUUAAAGGGGAUGACUUCCUUAAUUUCUCUCGUCACAAUUGUAUGAAAAUGAGGAAAAAUCGAAUUUUCACCCUACCCCCCAAUCGGAUUAUUAAACCAAUGCAAACCAAAAAAAGAAACAUUUUUUUUUUCUAAUUUUAAUUUUGCAAUCCCCCCUUUUUAGCAAAUGAUAUAAGGAAAUGAUUUUAUCCCCCAAAAAUGUUUUCCUUGUUUUAAUUCUACCUUUUUUUUAAAAAAAUUGGUUUCCGCAUGAUUUGUCGAUUUCAGUAUCACAAAUAUGACUAAUGUUUUGAACACACACAAAACAGUGAAAAAGAAAAACACAGAUUUUCAUUCGUUUCCCGAAACAUUUAAAAAAUAAUCCCGAGGAAAAUAUUUGACGCGCUUCCGGCUUUUCUAUCCAUUACUUUUCCUUGUCUUACUUCUUCCUGGCCCGAGAUAUUUUUUACUUCCCCUUAUUUUUUUUAUUUGCUACAUAUAAAAACUAUAAAAUAUUGUGCGUGUCUUUGUGUUUAUUAUUUUCUCUCUCUCUCUCUCUCGCCCGUUCGUUCGCGUUUUAAAUAUUAUCGUUGGUGCCUUUAUUUUUCUUUUACAAUUACUUGCGGCGGUAUUUUGCAAUUGAAUACGUGAUACAACAACAACAAAAAAAAACAAUUUUCUUCGUCUGCAGUGUGUGUCCAGCCGUGAAAUG